CGGCUUUCGCGCUGCGCGUCGUUUAGUCCAUCGCAUCGCGGCGUCCCGAUCUAAUAUAAUAAUGUAAACCGGCAAUCUUCGGACGCUUUCCGCAUCCACUGAGCGCGAAAUAUUUUUCCUUACGCGACGAGACAUUUUUCUCAGUGAAUAAUUUCAAUUUUUCGCUCUUUCCCGCGCUUCUCUGGAUUGUAAUGCAAGACUUUGGAAAAUAGAAACAGUCUAGAGACUUUUAGAACCGCCACGCCUUUGUGAGAUUUUUUAUGAAAAAUUUAAAUAAAUGAGAAUAGAGGAAAAAAGUGCGACUGUGUUUGGCAAAAGCAAUAUAUUUUUUCGACAGAAUUAUAAGUUAAUUUUUGACGAGAAAACUGGUAUAAUUUAUAUCGUGACACUUGUAGCGCAAUACUGGACUUGAGACGCUUAAAUUCAAUGAAGUAGCGCUAUAAAAAAAGAGAGUUAAGCGUCAUGACAUUACGAAAAAACUGAUUAAUUUUUUCUGCGGUGGAAGAAGCUUUGAAAAAAUUGUUCAUAUUUUUACAAUCAGACACGAAAAUCACACAGUCGAACUCAUCGCGAGCGGAAGAAACCUGUAUGACAAGUAGAUGCAUCAAGUUCUUCGAAAGGAGGUCAUCCUAGUACCGACACUGUCGUCCUUCGACAUGCUACGAAGAAUCUGGUACGCGUGAAACCACAAGCGACUCACGUGCCCUAAAGACCCGAAGAUUGAAUCGCAAGCUGAUCGAGAUGGCAGCAUCCGAGUGCGUGGAAAACGAAAAGAGGAAUGAUGACAAAUCAGUCGAAGUAGUGUACAUUUCCAAACUUCGACAAGCAGUACCACAAUGCUGCGCCGUCGCUGCCAAAAAUUUACUGCUGCUCACUUUCGGAUCAACCUUAGGAUUCGUGACUAUCCUUAUUCCAGCAUUAGAGAAAGAAGAUUCGGAUAUCAAAGUCACAACAGAAGAAUUAACGUGGAUUAGCAGUUUGAACUUGUUCCUCGUGCCGAUCGGUUGCCUCGUAAGCGGACCGUUGUCACAGUAUUUGGGCAGGAAACGAACAAUGAUGUUGACAAAUAUACCGUUCGUGAUUGCCUGGCUGAUAUAUUAUUACGCCAGUAAUCCUGGCAUGUUAUUUGCCGCACUAGCAAUGACAGGUCUGACGGGUGGCUUCUUGGAGGCGCCUGUCCUGACCUACGUAGCCGAAGUUUGUCAGCCCAAGUUGCGCGGAAUGCUCUCGGCGACCUCCUCGAUGGCAGUCAUCCUGGGUGUCUUCACGCAAAUGUUGAGUGGCAGUCUGGCCCACUGGAGAACGGUGGCGAUCAUCAACUUGGUUUAUCCGGUCGUCUGUUUUCUCGCUUUGUGUUUGGUGCCCGAGAGCCCGCACUGGCUCGCAGCUAAGGGUCGUUUCGCGGAAUCGGAACAGGCUCUCUGCUGGUUGCGAGGUUGGGCGAGUCCGUCGCAGGUGCAGGACGAGUUUCAGACGAUUUGCGAGACGGUCCAGAAGCGGGUCGACAACGCAGAUUCCGAGAAGAAGGAAAUCUGGCGAUCGUAUACUAAACGCACGUUUUAUCGGCCUUUCAUCCUGGUGAGCGCAGCCUUCUUCAUCAGCUCUUUCGGCGGCACCUCGACCUUGCAGACCUUUGCCGUCCUUAUUUUCGAGAAACUCCAGGCACCGAUCGACAAAUACACGGCCACGGUGUUUAUGGGCGUCGCUCAAUUGGUCGGUACCACAAUCUGCGUGGUGACGAUCCAUUUCUUGGGAAAACGCAAAUUGUCCUUCAUAUCGGUCACCGGGACCGGUCUGUGCUUCUUCAUCACCGCUGUCUACGGUUAUCUGAACGAUGCCAAGUAUUUUGACGGAGCCACAUACGCCUGGUUGCCGACUACUCUCAUGAUUGGUGCGGCUUUCGUAUCAAGCUUCGGAAUCAGAUUGCUACCUUGGGUUCUGAUAGGCGAAGUGUAUCCGGUCGAGGUGCGCAGCAGCGCAACCGGUGCUUCCGGGAUGGUUGGUUACAUUCUAGCAUCGAUCGCGAAUAAAACCUUCCUCUACAUGAUAAGAGGCAUAACACUAUCCGGAACGUUUAUUUUCAAUUCUCUGGUAAACUUGGCCGGUCUGUGCUUCUUGUUCAUAAUGCUACCCGAGACCGAGAACAGAACCUUGAUGGAGAUCGAGGAACAUUUCGCUGGUAUACAGAAUUUGAAGAAUCGACCUAAGAAGGAGCAGCACGUCAUCAAGGAGAAAUGGGCGGUCGCGAAUUCGGCGAUCGUACACGACGAAAAUAUCGAGAGUAGAUUGUAGAAUUAAAUUAAUAAUUUAGCAAUGCGCGCUUUUUUCGGAUAUAUCUUGCUCUUCGCGGAAAUUAUUCAAACUAGUUCAAGUAUUCUCUGUUAAAAAUCAUAUAGACAAUGAAUUACGUAAUUCCGCUUUUUUUUAAACGGAAUUUUACAUAAUCUUGGGUGAUAUAAUUGAAUGCAAAAAACUAUGAGAUGUGUAAUUAAAUACAUUAUGCGGUUUAUUUUCUGCUGUAAUGCGAACGAGGAAAGGAAUUGUGCCUUAAAAAGAGCUGUUCUAUGAAUAAUGUAAUGCGAUUCAAAGAUAAUAGAUAUGUAAAGAUUGAUUGAUUGAAAAAUAAUAUAGCGGAGAGAAGAAAGUUAUAUGACAUAUAUGAUAUUAGACGCGUAAAUUAUGCGAUUUUCUUAAAAAGAUUUCUGCGAACAAAUUGAAGUGACAAUAAUGUAUUGACAAUGUUAGAAUUAACAGUCUUAUUUAUUUCAUAAAAAGAAAAUAGCUGCCACAAAGCGUUCCUAACUCUCGAGUAGAGAAAUGCUCGAGAAAAAGAUUUAAAUUUGUUACUGCUUAUAGAAGCUUUUUUAUUUUUGUGAAG